AUGGGAGGCACAGCUGGGUCUGUGGGCGGAGCAUUCUUGAGGUCAUCUGCACCUUCUGACAGGGAAAAGAUAGUCAACAUCUUGAAAGGAGUGCUUAUAGAAACUGAUCCUGCCAUGAAGCAGUUUCUGCUGUACUUGGAUGAGUCCAACGUCCUGGGGAAGAAGUUCACCUCGCAAGACAUUGAUGAAACUCAUGUCUUUGUAAUAGCAGAGUUGGUUAAUAUCCUCCAGGUGCGAGUGGGUGAAUUAAUGGACCAAAGUGACUUUUCCCUUACUCAGAAGUGA